UUUGCCCGCUUCCUGUCAUUGGUUCACUUCCUGUCUCUGGCUAGCUUGGACUCCUGGAGUAGGGUGAAGACCUGACCAGACGCAACCUCAAGCCAGGGGGUCCAGGCCCCAGGGGCAGGUCGGGGGGUUAGGAGUGACCGGGACAUCCUGGUCCAGCUGAAGGACUGUCUCCUUUGCCACCAUGAAGAAGCUUCUCACCUUCUGGAGAAGGAAGGAUGAGCCUCAAGGCCCCUCCUCGCACCUGCCUGUGGCCCAGGCCAGUACCCACCACCCCGCCCAGCCAGGCUACAACCUUCGAGAUAAAGAUUUAAAGAAACUUCACAAAGCUGCCUCGGUCGGGGAUUUGGAGAAGGUGAAGGAGUACCUUCAGCUCAAGAAACGUGAUGUGAAUGUACGGGACAGACAGUACAGAACCCCUUUGCACCUGGCCUGUGCUAAUGGAUAUUCAAAUAUUGUAUCUCUCUUAAUUGAGAAACAGUGCGAAAUAAAUGUCUGCGAUGGUGAAAAAAGAUCUCCAUUGACUAAGGCAGUACAGUGUGCAAAGGAGGACUGUGCUACUAUUCUUCUGGAGCAUGGUGCAUACCCAAAUCUGGUAGAUUUCGAUGGCAAUACUGCUCUCCAUUAUGCCAUCUGUGGCCACAGUGUCUCAUUAGUUGAAAAAUUGCUUGAACACAAAGCUAACCUUGAAUAUCAAAAUAAGGAUGGGUAUACUCCACUUUUACUUGCCGUUACUGAAAAUAAUGCAGAAAUGGUAGAAUAUCUUCUGAAGAAAGGGGCAGAUGUGAAUGCUUCAGAUAAGAAUCAAAGAACAGCCCUUAUGAUUGCUCUAAGUGAUGAACCAACAAAUUUAGUCAGUCUUCUUCUUCAGCAAGAAGUGAACCUAUCUUCCCAAGAUAUUAUGGAUUCACAGCUGAGGACUAUGCUUCUUUUAAUGGUUUUACUGUAUAUUAUCAAUUAAUUGCCAAUUAUGGAAAGGGGAAGAAAGUUAAACAGGUAUCUAACUCUAAAGAUACAAUCUUGGACACUACAUUUGAUACAGAAGAACUGAAGGAAGACAUGUAACCUCAUUUCUACAAAUCCUUUGCUGCUGCCUUGAAUUAGAAAAUCAUUUUGAAAGAACAACUAAAUGAACUGUCACAGCAUUUCACUGACUACUCAUUUGAAGAAAAGUUUGUUAAACAGAGCAGUUUUCGCCUUAGAAGAUGUGGAGAAGUUUCAAAAGACAAACAUCUAUAUCAUGAACUGUCAGUUGAAAGGAUACAAUUCGUGUUCAGCUUAUAGGCAGAAAAAAAUCUUUUUAGUCAUAGUUUUGAAUGGGAUAUUCAUAAGAGAAGGCUUUGCAAUAUAUUGUGUUAGGUAUGCAGUAGAGCAUUUAAAUAAAGCAUUUAAAAAAAACAAAGAAGUAACUGAUGUAUAAAAAUAGAGGAAAUUGCAGCUAUAGAGGAAGAAAUGAUAAAUAAUCCUGUGUAAAUGGAAAUUCUCUCCUAUUUACAAGUACUUUCACUAACAAAACCUUUUUUUUUAAUUUUUGAUAAAUACUGCAAUAAUACAUACCAUGAAAAUUUGGGUAUUACAGAAAAGAAAAUAAGAAAAUGAAUCACCCAUAGUGUCAUCACCCAAACAAAAUAUCUGUUCAUUUUUGGCAUGUUUUGUAGUCUUUUAAAAUCUGCUUGACUUUUUUUUUUUCCUCAAAGGGAAUUUACAGUUUUACAUUUUUCUUUUUAAAAACAAUACCUACUACAUAGUUUUCACUGUGUUCCAUGUCCUACCUCCAACACAUCCAUCACAGUGUAGCUUCAGGGUUCUUCCCUGGAAGGCUCUUCCUUGAGUUGUCUGCUGGGAUGCUUCCUCACCUCAUAUGGGACAUCAAUGAAGUCUUCUCUGGCUGCCUGGCCAUUCUGUCACUUACAAUGUUUUAGUAUCUAUUCCUCUCCCCCUUGCCUUUUGGAUUGCAAGAUCUGUGAGACCUUGAACUUUUGGUUCAUAGUACAUCCUCACCACUUGUAAAAUGUCUGGUGAUAGGAAAUAUUCAGUUCCAAAUACAGGCAUACCUCAUUUUAUUGCACUUUGCUUCAUUGCACUUUGGAAAUAUAUUUUUGCAACUAGAAGGUUUGUGGUAACCCUGCAUCAAACAAGUCUGUCAGCACCAUUUUUCCUGCAGAGUUUGCCUACUUCAUGUCUCUGUGUCACAUUUUGGUAAUUUUCAUAUUUCAAACUUUUUCAUUAUUAUUAAAUUUGUUAUGGUGAUGCGA